AUUUCCCUUAGUGGAUUGCAAAAAAUAAGCUGCAUUGUCAAGCAAAGCAACAUACAUCACCAUCUCCUACCAAACCUUUUCCCCAUCUCCCAUCAUCACUCUCCCCUUCUUUCUCACCUACAACACACUUCCACUUUCCCACCUUGUUUCCCUUGUAUUGAUAUGAACACAUGAAUGCUGUCUUGCUUAGACUCAGAACAUGGAGCCCUUAAACAACAAAGGUGGUGGUGGCAAUACGACUCUCGAAAUCCACGUGCACCACGCGAGGAACAUCCACAACAUAUGCAUCUACGAGAAGCAGGACGUGUACGCGAAAUUCUCCCUGACCUACGACCCGGACCACACAGUCUCCACCCCUGUCGUCAGGGGCGGGGGGAGGAACCCGGACUUCCACCAAGACAUGGCCAUCAACGUCACCCACCCAGACUCCAUCCUCAAGUGCGAAAUCUGGAUGCUGAGCCGGGCCAAGCACCUGAUGGACGACCAGCUCCUCGGCUUCGCAUUAGUCCCAAUCCCAUCCCUCCCCGCCAACAAAAGCCUCACUCAUGAUUUCCACCUUUCCUCGACCGACCUCUUCCACUCCCCUGCAGGCACCAUCAAGCUCUCACUCCUCUUAAACACAACCAACAAUCAUACUAUCAACACCACCUCUUCUUCGCAUGCCAACGAGGAGGAUGGUGGAAUCAUCCUUGUCUCCGAGGAGUACUGCAGGAUGGAGUUUCCGGAUAUCAGAGUGGCGGAGCAGAACCGGGAGAUGGUGAGGGAGUACUUUGUGAAGGAUGGGGUGAGGCCUGUGAGGCCGUGGGACGGGUCCUUCCUCCAGCUCGGGGCGGGGGCGGAGGAGUGUGAGAUGGCGGGGAACUCAUCGGAGGGGAGCUCGGGGAUGACGAGCUUGGGCGAUGAUAGGAAUGAGGAGGAGGAGGAGGAGGAGGCUAUGCAGAAGCAGAUAGUGGAGAUGUAUGUGAGGAGCAUGCGGCAGUUUACGGAGUCGCUGGCGAAGAUGAAGCUGCCUAUGGAUUUGGAUAAGGAUGGGAAUGAGGAGAAGGAGAAGAAGAAACAGGAUAGUGGUUGCAGCAGGGUGUUCUAUGGGAGCAGGGCUUUUUUCUGAAUUACUACUAUGUGUAAUGUGUGUGUUGAUUUAGAUUUAUUUUUGAGUGAAUCUCUUAUGCUUCUGCUUCUUCUUCUUCAAUUUCUGAAAUAAGAGAAAUAAAUUAUUGAUGAA